AUGGCAGCCGACAUGGAUAUUGAGAUGGACCUCGAUGUGGGCCUCACGGAGGAAGACCUGGCGGUCCAAGAUAUUGAAAUUAUCCCUGAUGUUCAGCAUUCAGUCGAUAACCAAGAUGGAAACCCGAUUCUCAGUCUCCCAAAUGACAACGACCCAACCGCUCAUGAGCUAGCUCUCAAUAAAAUCCACCUUCGAGGAUUAGACAACCUGACCACCAAAGAUAUCAAAGCAUGGGCAGGCGAACAUUAUAAUGCAAACAGCCCAGAACAUGUGGAGUGGAUCGAUGAUACGUCCGCGAACCUGGUUUAUGAAGGUGCAGAUAUUGCUCUAGAUGCUUUGAGGGCUUUUGUUACGGCGGAAGUUGCAGACGUCACACAAAUCCCGUUAAUGCACACUGUUCCCGCAAAGCCGCUCUCCACCAAGCCUGAAUCAAACCUUGAAGUCCGUCCUGCAGUAGUUGGAGACCGCAAACAGGCUGGAGCUCGUGACAGGAGCCGAUUUUAUUUAUUUAACCCCGAGUACGACCCAGCAGAGCGCCGCAAGAGAGGGGGAGGUGGAGGCAGAAAAUACAGAGAUCGCGAUGAUGGCGGAUACCGCAGUCAGCGCUAUGACAAUCGCGAACACGAAAAUCGCAUGAGGGAGGAUGCUGAGGCAGGCUUUGAUGCCAGUCUGUAUGAUGAUGAUGAAGCUGCAUUGGCGCGAAGGGCAGCUAAACGAAGACCGGAUUCUUCAUCGGAUAGUGAUUCUAGAGGGCGGCGCGUGCGGUUCCGUGGCGCCAGUGGAAAGGAGCUUUUCCCAGAGCGAGAGUCGGGAAAAGGCAGCGGCAUACUGAGAGAUCGCAGUGCUUCACCUAUGCGUGGAGAUGAUCGAGAUCAAUAUCGCGAGGAGGCUCGAGAAAUCGCUCGACGGAAGCAAGUGGAAGCGGCCUCAGCAAAUCGCCUUAGGGCACAGGUUAUCAAGGCCCAUAUGAACGAAACUGUUACCACCAAAGAACUUUUUCCCCACAAAACCGGCGUCAAUCAUCGCCGUUCUGACGCAUUCGAUGCUGCCGAUGAAACAGCAGACCUAUUCGCUCAUAAAAUGGCUGUGCCAUUCACCGAUGGUGGUGCAGACGAUCGCUCAGGACGAACUUUGACACAAACCUUGGCGACUUCCAACCGAAAAUUGAACAACGAGACGGGCUUUAGCAUCCGCGGUGCUGCUAAAGCCCAACCUGCGCCAAGCUUCAGUAUCAAAGGUGCGGCAUCUGGCGGCCAAGCAAAAGAGCUAUUCCCGGCACAUUUCGGCGAAAAUUCUGGAAAAGAGCUGUUCUCGGAAAGGUUGGAGGGUAGAGGUCGUCGGAGGCAGAAGGCCGAAGAUUUAUUCCACUGA